CUGUUUUACAGCUGGUAAAUAAAGGACCGGCACAUUUUUGAUUACUCAACUUUAUCAAUAGUGAAAUUUACUGAAUUAAAUGUAGCAAUUUUAAAUGUUUUAAAAUAAUGUUUAUUAAUAAAUUGUGUAUCGUGCGUCGUUACUGCGCGCGAGUCAGCCAAGAUUUUUAUGCAACAACGCCUAUCUUCUACGUUAAUGCCGCGCCCCACAUUGGACAUCUUUAUUCUGCUGUUAUAACGGAUGCUAUGUGCCGCUAUCAACGUUUAAAACACCCUGAGCAAUCAGUUCAUCUCUGUACUGGCACUGAUGAGCAUGGCACAAAAAUCCAACAAGCUGCAGCAACGCAAGGCGUGCCAGUUGCACAAUAUUGUGACAACAUUUCAACACGUUACAGGCAUUUAUUUCGCGAAUCUGGUAUAAACAACACAGACUUUAUACGCACAACGGAAGAACGGCAUAAGCAGGCGGUGUCCCAUUUUUGGCGCACCCUGCACACACGUGGUCAUAUUUAUUCUGCCGCUUACAGUGGUUGGUACUGUAUAUCUGAUGAGACUUUCCUUACAGAUUCUCAAUUGCGGUUAGACUCGUCGACUGGUGCGCGCUUUUCUCUCGAGUCUGGUCAUCCUGUUGAAUGGACAGAGGAAACAAAUUACAUGUUUCGUUUGUCAGCCUUGCAAGAUGAGGUUCUCUACUGGGUUAAACAGGGUGGCCGCAUACGUCCUGCUAAAUUUGAAAAGAUUCUUUUGGAUAUGUUAAGUGAACCACUGCCAGACGUUUCCGUUUCACGCCCUGCAAAUCGUGUGCAUUGGGCUAUUCCAGUGCCAGAAGAUCAAUCACAAACGGUCUAUGUGUGGUUAGAUGCUCUCAUAAAUUAUUUAACUUCUGCUGGUUAUCCCGAUGAAAAGUAUCGAAGAUGGUGGCCACCCAGCAUACAAGUGAUCGGAAAAGAUAUUUUGAAAUUCCAUGGUAUUUAUUGGCCCGCAUUUCUUAUUGCUGCAGGCUUGGAACCGCCACAACAGCUAUUCGUACACUCCCACUGGACAGUGGACGGGCAAAAAAUGUCGAAAAGUAAGCAAAACGUCGUGGAUCCGGUUGCGGCAGCCAAAACUUACACAAUGGAGGGCCUGCGGUACUUCCUGUUGCGCGAGGGUGUAGCUCACAGCGAUGGCAACUUCAGCAACGUGAAAGCUUUACGCAUCCUGAACUCUGAACUGGCAGACACACUGGGAAAUCUUUUAUCACGAGCUUGUGCGAAAUCCCUUAAUCCGCAACAAGUUUACCCACGUCUGCACGCGGUGCAACUCGCCGAUUUGGUGCAGAUGGAUGCAGCCAAGCGACUACAGGACGCCUUGCAGCAAAUUGAAGCACGUUGCGCCCAGCAUUAUGCGGAUAACAAUUUCUAUUUGGUCGUGGACAGCGUUAUAUCCACUUUGCAUGCAGCCAAUAACUUCUUCGAAACGGCACGACCGUGGGAGCUGAAGCGCCCGGCGGCGGCAGCAACUCUCGGCAGUGGGACGACGGACGCCGCAAAUGUGCAGAAUAUUGAAAAUUUCGAACGGCUGGAGACGAUAAUCGCUAUGACAAUGGACACGUUGCGCAUCUGCGGUAUUGUGUUGCAACCGAUUAUGCCGCAGUUGUGUGGCAAGUUGCUGGAUAAAUUGGCAGUGCCGCCAGAGCAACGUUUAUGGCGUAAUUUAGGCGAAUGCUUUGCCACAACAGCAGCGCCGUCAUUGUUCUCUAAUGAAACUGUAACAAGGCCACUUGCUGCGCACACCGAUGCCGUGCUCUUCCGGCGCAUACAACUUGACGAGAGCGAGUUGCACGCGGACAAACCACAAGUGCCGCCGAAGAAGAAGAAGACGACCAAACCAAAGGCGGGUCAGAAAGCGGUGAAGAGCAAGAAAGCAGCACAGUAGUAACGCCGCGAGUUAAUGUGUGUGCACGUAGUAGGGAUGUUGUUGGGUGGAGUGUGCAACUGCGGCAGGCAAGCCACACCAACAAUUGCCGCAAUGACAAUAAAAUAACGACAAUGGCAAAUGCGGCUGAAAGAAUGCCUGACGCUCGUGUUGCAACGGCUGCAUUGAUAUUCACUGUGUGCACGGCAAUGAAGUCAUUUAAAUUUGUUACAAUUUCUUGCGCUUCCUGUCGCCAUCCGCUACGUGCCUCCAUGCGCCGAGCGAUUUCUUGCCGCAUUUAAAAUGCUAUGCUGGUGCUGUGCAUCCUUAUGUCCAUCGUCGUUGUUACUCGUCGCCUUUCUUAUGUCCUAGCAGCUGCUCCUCGCGGCCAUCACGUAGCGCUAGUAAAGUGUUUUAAUACCUGGCGUCGAGACUGCAAGCGAUUAUUCGUAGCCGCUUAUUCCAUUGCUUCUACUAUGCUCUUAAACACACAUACACAUAUUUCUCACUGUUAUUUUAAUAAUCACUGUAUAUACGCUGGCAUCAGGAGAGGAAGUGGAAACUACUGCAAAGUGUAGAUUUACUUUGAGCUAUUAAAAUAAAACCUAAAAAUAUUAUGUAAUACAUAUUUAUUAUUUUCAAAUUUAAAGCCAUAGAUCGAUGUAAAUACAGGCAUCUUGAAUUAAAAA